CAACAACUGAACGUACACUACUGCUGCUCAACUACAACAGAGCCACAGCUGUUCCGAUUCAAUAAGUAUAUUGCAUUUUAAUCAUAACUGUUUUGUUGCGGAAGUGAGUUAUUCAGCUGUAGUGUAACGUAGUUUGCAGUUUGUUUAUAUUCGAGGACCGAUACACUGGAGUCAUGAACUAGCAACACUGCUCACUGCAUCAAUGAACUGUGUGUAAUAAAGUUCUCGGUCACGGCAUGCCCUUUUCCUGCUGGAUUUUUUGAUGGGGCUUUUAAGAUUAAUGAUGCCGCCGAAGUUUCAGCUCCUGGCUCUGCUGGCCUUCGCUAUUGCCAUGAUCUUUUUGGAGAACCAAAUCCAGAAGCUUGAGGAGUCACGGGGGAAGCUGGAACAAGCCAUUGCCAGGCAUGAGGUGCGAGAGAUCGAGCGACGGCACAGUCAAGUGGGGGUUAAGGAGGUGCAGCUUGAGGAGGACGACACGGUGGUCAUCUACAACAGAGUGCCCAAAACAGCCAGCACCUCCUUCACCAACAUCGCCUACGACCUGUGCAACAAAAAUCACUACCAUGUGCUGCACAUCAACACCAGCAAAAACAAUCCCGUCAUGUCGCUUCAGGAUCAGGUACGGUUUGUAAAGAAUGUGACGUUAUGGAAGGAGAUGAAGCCGGCCUUCUACCAUGGACAUGUUUCCUUUCUGGACUUCACCAAAUUUGGGGUGAAAAAAAAGCCCAUUUACAUUAAUGUUAUCCGAGACCCCAUUGAGCGUCUGGUGUCAUACUAUUAUUUCCUGCGAUUUGGAGAUGAUUACAGACCGGGCCUACGACGCAGAAAACAAGGAGACAAAAAAACAUUUGAUGAGUGUGUCUCUGCUGGAGGCUCCGACUGUGCUCCUGAGAAACUGUGGCUUCAGAUUCCAUUCUUCUGUGGUCAUUACUCUGAGUGCUGGAACAUUGGCAGCCGGUGGGCUCUGGAGCAGGCGAAAUACAACCUGGUGAAUGAAUACAUGUUAGUUGGAGUGACGGAGGAGCUGGAGGACUUCGUUAUGAUGCUGGAAGCGGCUCUUCCUCGCUUCUUUAAAGGGGCCACAGAACUCUAUAAGACGGGAAAGAGAUCCCACCUAAGGAAAACGAGUGAGAAGAAGCCUCCCACCAAAGAGUCUAUAGCCAGACUGCAGCAGUCCAACAUCUGGAAAAUGGAGAACGAGUUUUAUGAGUUUGCACUCGAGCAGUUCCAGUACGUUCGGGCUCAUGCGGUGAGAGAAAAAGAUGGAGAACUGUACCUUCUGACACAGAACUUUUUCUAUGAGAAAAUCUACCCUAAAUCUAACUGAUAACUCUGUACGCUGUUGUCAGAAACACUGGAGAGAGGACACUUUGUUUUGUUUCUUUAAAAGACGCAUGUUCUCCAUCUGGAUGUGAAUGUGUAAAACUAGUGCGUGCCACAGGGAAGAGUCCUGGGGCCAAAUAGCUUUUAUGGGCUUUAUUCUCCAAUGCAUAUCAUUUGAAGAAGAGUUCAAAGCCUCUCGGAUGACCUUUAAAAGUGACUUGAUCAUGUCGUUUUCCAUCGCAGUAGGUUUAUACAGGUGUUGGUGCUGCCACAUUUCACAGGUUUGUUUUUUUUUUUUUUAGCCUUAUUUAAUGAGUGUUCUUUGAGUAAAUGAUGCAGAUUUACAAGUUUGUAUUUCUUGUUUUUAAAGUGAUGAAAGUGUAUGGAUGACUACUAAACAUUCUUGAACUUUAGCAAAUUGAGAAGGUAGUUUUUUUUAUAUAGUAAAAUGUUUUAUUUCUUUUAAAAGUUGUUUCUCGGUUACACCGAUUUGGAUGUCCACUAUCUGACAAAAGUCUUGUCACUGAUCUAAUUUUUAGGAAAAACAAAUAAUAACCUGACUUCUAGUUGAUCAAUUGGUAUCAGAAGUGGCUUAUAUGAAAGGCAAAGACCUCUAGAUUACGCUUAUUUUACCAAAAUAAAAUGAUCAUGUCUUGA